AUGCCUGGCUGCGGCUGGGGGCUGAGCCAGCGGGUUCCCAACUUGCUGCGCCAGGCUGAUCCCCGGGUCCUGUCCCUGGCUGCUGCCGGUGCCCAGAACUGGACUGGCUGUGUCGGCUCCUGCGUGACCAUCCCCUGCUCCUUCUCCCUCCCCCGGGACUGGACCGUCGGGGCCGUGAGCUGGACACGGGACAGGAAACAAACCGUGUAUCACUCGGACGGGACUGACAUCGCCCCUGCCUUUGUGGGGCGCGUCCGCUACCUGGGGGACCAGCAGGGGAGCUGCUCCCUGCGACUGACCGGGCUGCGCCCCAGCGACCAGGGCACCUACCACUUCCAGGUCCAGGCAGGGCGCCCAGGGAAGGACGACGCCUGGAGCAGUGAGCCCAGACAGCGGCUCAGUGUCUCCGACGCCCCCCAAGGGGUCCAUGUUACGGCCGCGCCGGGCCCCAGCCUGCGGGAAGGGGAGUCGGUGACGCUAAGGUGCAAUUACACCAGCAGCCUCCCCACCCCCACCUCCUACGCCUGGUACCGGAAUGGCAAGAAGCUGAAGGGAAUCCGGCAGGAAAUGCCACUGAGAAACAUCAUGGCAGAGCAUGCUGGGGAAUAUUGGUGCAAGGUCGUCAACGAGAUCGGCCAGUCACAGUCCCCCCCCAUCAACAUCACCGUGCAGUGGGUCCAUGUUGUGGCCGCGCCGCGCACCAUCCUGCGGGAAGGGGAGUCGGUGGCACUAAGGUGCGAUCACAGUAGCAUCCUCCCCGCCCCCAUCUCCUACGCCUGGUAUUGGAACGGCAAGAAGCUGGAGGGACCCCGGCAGGAAUUGCUGCUGGAGAGCAUCACAGCAGAGCAAGCUGGGGAAUAUCGGUGCCAGGUCACCAACGGGAUCGGCCAGUCCCAGUCCCCCCCCAUCACCAUCACCGUGCAGUGGGUCCAUGUUGUGGCCGCGCCGCGCACUGCCCUGCAAGAUGGGGACUCGGUGAUACUAAGGUGCGAUCACAGUAGCAGCCUCCCCGCCCCUAUCUCCUACGCCUGGUAUUGGAAUGGCAAGAAGCUGGAGGGAUCCCGGCAGGAAUUGCUGCUGAAGAGCAUCACAGCAGAGCAAGCUGGGGAAUAUCGGUGCCAGGUCGCCAACGGGAUCGGCCAGUCCCAGUCCCCCCCCAUCACCAUCACCGUGCAGUGCGGUGGCGAGUGCCAGUGUCUGAGCCCCGGCCUCAUGGCCUGCAUCGUGCUCGCUGUCCUCCUCCUCCUCCUCCUCCUCAACGUGGGGGCUUGCUACCUGCUCCAGAGAGGCCGGCGCCGGAGGGGAGCCGAGGCGGCUGCAGGAGGAGGCGUUGAGCUUUCCUGCAGGCCCAUCAUAGAUUCUCCCUACGAGGAACUCCAAGGACCGACCGAGGAUCUGUACAGCCAGUUGGACUCUCCCAGUGCCGGUUCCCGCAGUGCUCUGCCGCUCCCCCAGCUGCCAGGAACCCCUCAGCACGGCCAGGACCUUAAACCCAAAGAGGGAACAUCGCUCAGUGAGGCUGCACUGCCAGCUGGGGUCAACGGGCCGUAGCUCCAUUGGAGUCAAUGGGGCUGAGCUGGGGUCUUGUCGUGUGGUUCGGCUUUUGGAUACAAGAGGAACCAAU